AUGGCUUCCAACAUGAGGUUAACCCUUUUGGCUGGCUUAAAGCCAUUCAAGACUGGGUGGAAGGUGCAAGUAAAGGUGCUUCACACUUGGAAGCAAUACCAGACUAAGAGUGGAGAGUCUCUCGAAAUAAUUCUCGCAGAUGAAAUGGGUACCAAAAUCCACGCCACAGUCAAGAAAAACCUUUUGCAUCGAUUUGAGCGGUUGAUGGUUGUCGGUGAAUGGAAGUUCAUCGAGAACUUUUUGUUGAACCAGGCGUCCGAUGUUAUUGGACGAGUUGAAAGUGUACGUGAACUUGAAACAAUCCCUGUCAUGAACAAGGACACAAGCAAGCUUGAGUUCGACUUGUGUAAUGCGAAAGAGGAGCGCUUACCAUGCACACUUUGGGGUAAAUUUGGCGAGCAAGUCUAUUCGGCUUGUCAGAAUGCUGGCGAACGUGGUGUCAUCAUUGUAAUCCGUUUUGGAAAAAUCAAUGUUUUUAAAGGUGAACGUCAAAUUACCAGUUUUUUUCAAACCUCUAAGGUGCUCAUAGAUCUUAACGAUCCAGAUGUCAUUGAUUUCAAAAAUAGUUUACCUGCAAAUGGCAGAAAUAUUACUUUCUUGAGUAGCAAGCCACAUCAGAUGAUUUCUUAUGAUGAUGAGAGUAAUUUUGAUCAAUUUCCAAUGGUGACUAUUGCUGAACUGCAAGAUUAUCUGGAGGUUGGGAAAUGCAAAAUCAUGUGUACUGUAUACGCGGUUGAUACAGAUUGGUCAUGGUUUUACUUGGUUUGCACUAAGUGUGGGAAAAAGGUCUACAAAAUCCCCAAACGCGAAGACGAGAAAUUUUGUGAUAAAACUAAGAAGCUUUAUUCAUGUGAAACAUGUGAUGCCAAAGUUUCAUCUGUCAGUGCGAGAUACAAACUUCAUCUUUGUUUUCUAAUUUGUGUUGAGAAAGAAAAUCUCUAUGGUGGUAGUAAUACAUACAAGGUCGGAAAGGUUUGGAAAGGCAAUCAGAUUUUGACUACCACCGUUGAUGAUGUGAAUGAAUCUGAAGAUGGGGGUGAUCAGAGUUUACUUAUGUCUGGCGGUCAGGCAUCACUGAUGAACAUACAUAGCCAAGAGUCUUCGGAUGAUGUUUCUGGCAAUAUCAAAACUCCUUUAUCAAAGCGUGAGCGUGAUGAUCCUAAAGAUUCAGUCGACUCAUCCUCAUCAUCUAAGAAGUCAUGUAAUAGUGGCAAUAGUGUGGAAACAACAUAUGCUAAUGAAGUGAUUGAUAAAGAUACACUGAAGAGUGAUGGUGUUUUGGUGAACGUUCUUCUUACAAGUGAAUCCAAUGAAGGUGUUGCAAAGGGACGAACUCGAGGACGUGGUGGUGUUAAAGUUGUUGGCAAAGAGAGAGGAAAAAAUGGGAAGAUGUGA